UUAUCGCGAGUGACGUCACUGUCAGCUGUGGCCGCGUGUGUCUCGGAGAAAGACCGGGGAGUCACCGGGAGAGAGAGAGAGAGUCUCACAGCGGUGCGAGAAAGAAGCAGAAAAAAGGCAGAAUAUUUGGUAGAGAAGAAGACCAUAAGAGGCCUGUAAGACCCCUGAGACGUGUGGCCAGCAAAGCGGUGAAAACGGGGAGAGAGCUGUUGUUCUGAAAUCGUCCAGGUGAUUUUUCGGAUGCUCCGCCCUAGUCGGGGGUGAGUGAAGCGAGAGAGAGAGGGGAUGUUGGAAUUGACAACACACCACACAUCAUCAUCGCCGAUUGCCCUCUGAGCGAGAACUGUUAACUCAUUGGUUUCUGGGAUCACCGGAAACCUUGGUUUCCACCCAGCGUGGCCGAGACAGUGGACCGUUCAGACUCAUCCCUUGUGGUCGCUGUAUCGUUUUGUGUGUUGAAACCACAGCUGGAUCAAGCACUUGACGAGCUUGACCGUGUUUUUGCAAACGAUCACCUCGCACACUGGGGCUGUUCCUGCUGGGGACUGCGUGAUACAAAAACGGAUUCGACCCCUAAGAAACACAUUUUUGAAACUGUACCGUUGCUGGGUACGACCCAUGGCGAGAAGGAUAUUGGCUACAUCAGCCUACGACAACUGCUGUUAUAACUGACGGAAGAGGAUAGAAUUGAUCCAGUUGAAAAAGAAAUAUUACAUCUCCCUUAGGUUCAGAAGGAAGCUGUGCCUGUGUUCUCAGUUUGUUUUAUGUUAUAGGGUGACUCACAUAACCUUAACCUCAUUGUGGACUAUUUAGGCUUGUACAAGUCUUCUUACCUACCGGUAUUUACUAACGACACUGCUGCUCGCUGCCCAUGCUGUUUGGAUAGCCGAGUCGUGUUCCUCUGGGCACAAAACACGCCGGUUCGUUUCUUCUGACUCAUUGCACACCCUCUGCCUUUGGAUUCAGCAUGGCUGAUAACAUGACAUCUGCCGUGCUUUAAGACCAGCCCUCCCUGUGCAGAUCAAUGAGCCUGCUUGAGGCUGAUGGAAGAGAAGGCACUCAGCAAGCCCAGCAUGGUCUCCAAGCUUCCCAAAUUUGGUGUUCGGCCUCCAGGGUCCAGCCUGCUACCCAAUGGCUCUGGCUCUGACCAACGUAAUAGUGCUCCUGAGGGCAAGGGGUGUCCUGCAGCCCGGCAGAAUGGAGUGGUGCGGAUGUCCUCCUUUUCCCUGAAGUGGAAAAAAGGCAGCGGAACUUCAAGCUGCCUGACGAGCCCCGAGGAAAAUGCAGAUUCUGUGGAGAAAGUAGAGGAGGGAGGCAGCGGUCGGCUUCAGCAGCAGCAGUUGGUUCCAGUGAGAGAGAUUAAGAAGCCCAGCGCUCCAAACAUCAAGUUACGGAAGACAACUGGAGCCUCAACAGCCCCCAAACCUGUAUCCCAGGCAUCCAGUGCUGGCUCAAGAGGGGGCUCAAUCGCUGGCCGGCCCCUGUCUGGACAAAAUUUCUAUAGCAGCAAGGCAGGUUUGAAUGGCCUUGGUAAUGGUAGCACUAGCCGGUUUGGGUCGGGUUUGCAGAGGCCGAGGGCCAACUCGGGCUCGGCGCGAAGCAGCUCCAGGGAAAGCCUUACCCAGUCCAGCGACAGCCUCAAGUCCCUGUGUUUGGACAAUAUUGUGCGCUCCCAGAGCUUCUCCCACUUCAAACAGCUCCCCUCCCCUCCUAGCCUGUCCAUGACCCGCUCCUACUCUUUCAACAAGGCAGUGGAAUUGGCCAAACCUCUUGCAAACCCUCAAUUGCACAACAAAACCAAGCCUACCACAUCUGCUCCUGUCCUGCCCAAUGGGAGGGGAGGGGGAGGAGGAGGGCCCGCCAGGGCCCCUUUGACACGUCCAGUGGGUAACUCCAGUACCGCGCCCUCCCAUGGCGCCCUGAAGAAACCACUGCUGCCGAACUGCAUGCUGGGCAAGCCCUCGGUGCUCAGCUAUAGGAAGACGCGCCCCUCCCUGGUCAAACCUUCCCGUCCACUGCUUGCAGGGAAGGUGGGUGUAGAGACAGUGGCAGUUGAGGGGCAGGGAGAGUCAGGGGUUGGGAAAGGAAACCUGGAAGAACCUUCACCCACCACACCUGAGGCCAAGGACCCCAAAGACACUGAGAGACCAGAGUUCCUUGACCGGCUGGAGGAGGGGACAGCCUAUACUCUGAGGGAGCAGGAAUCAAACAUGCGGUACCUGGGCGAGGGUCUCGAGGACAUGUCCCUCUCCUCUACUUCCUCUCUGGAGCGCAAUGACACAAGCGAGGAAUACCUGGAUGAUUUUGAUAACCUGGGUAAUGGAGGUGGGAUGUUACUACUCCCUGCCUCUGUUGAAGGCCUUCUUCAAUCACAGCCUGAGAUGGAUGACAAUGUGCCUGGGAACAGGGAGGAUGGUACUCCCACACAGACGCACCUCAGUGGCUUCCUAUCUGAUGGCAUGGACUGGGUGGAGGUGGGGCUGCCAGGCACAGGCAGUGAGGAGGGUUAUGGGCUAUUGGAAGGGCCCAAUGCUCCAUUCUCUCUUUCCCCUGAGGGAGACUUUCCUGCCGGUUCGUCCCUUGAGCUCUCCCCUUCUGACAGCUCUGGGGGGACUUACAUGUGGGAUGAAGAAGGCAUGGGGGACCCACUGGGCCCUGCCACCCACCCCUGUGGUAGCUAUGAUGACUCUGACAUCAACAGCAUGGACAUCUUGAACAAUCUGGACAACUUGGACUCAUGUGACCUUGAGGACGAUGACCUCAUGCUGGACGUGGAGCUUCCUGAUGAUGGCUCCCUAAACAGCGGAGACGCUGACGGGAUGUCCCAGCUGGAUCGCUCCGAGCGAGGAGGGCGGCAGGGGCACUGGAGAAGAAGGCAGCACCGGUGGAGUGGCCCAGAUCACUUCCACAGUGACACCAGGGGUGCUGGGUUCCUGGGCUCCACGACUGGGCCUUUUGAGGGGUAUGGAUCCUCCGGGUCGAGCCGGGCUGCCCCACGCCCUUUGCAGCCUCUGGGCUGGCAGGAGAACACAGUGAUGCUGGACGAGCUGACGCUAAGACACAUGGCCCAGGACUGCACCUCAGUGAAGACACAGCUGCUCAAACUGAGGAGACUGCUGCAGAUGGGAGAUGGUGGUACUGUCCAGGAUUCCCACCUGUCUGGAGCCUCAAGUCCUGAUCCUCUGGAAGACUCCAGGGUUCCCCUGCAGGUGGAGGAGCUAAUGAAGGAAGUUCAGCAGCUGAAGGAGGAGCUGAAGAGUAAAGAUCAGACCAUUGAACAGCUGAGGCAGCAAGCGUCUGUGCUCGCCCAGCCUGCGAGAUGUCACUGUCAGCACAGAGUGCCAGAGGUGAAGACCGAGAGGCGCACACAUCAGGACAAGGCCACCCAAACCCCCUGGAGAGGGAACGCCCCUCAAAUACUACAGCCUUCCAGCCGCUACCGCACCGAGCUCCUCGCCCAGGGAAGACUAGCAAAAACAGCCCCCACAGAGGACCACAGUGACCGUGCUGAGCCUGCCGGGGCUGAGGAGCAGCCUUCUUCUCACUCCGGCCCAGAUGCUUCUGCUGAUACCAUCAAUCCCGCUGCUGCCACUGCUGUAGACCUACCAGCCCCAGCACCUGACCCAGACGAGCACAGCCCGGUCCUGAGUACACGGCUCAAAGUCAGCAGUGCUAUGUCUUCUGCUGCUAAGCCUGGGCCCACAGGGACAGCCCUGCUCCCGGGCCCCCCUAGAGGGCCUUUGACAACUACUGCUUCUGCUCCACAGAGAAUCCAUGGCAACGGACCCCCACGAAUCCUGCAGCCGCCUCGCUUUUACACCAGAGUGUCCGUCCCUGCCCUUCCGCAAGAGGGUAUGUGUGGGACUGCAGGCAGUCUGCAGGAAGGAAGCAAGGCCACCUCCAGACUGCUGGCACCAUACUCUUCAGCGAACCUGAAAGUGAAACAGCACCCACCUCCUUCCCAGGGCACCCAGGCUUUAAGCGCAGCACAGGCCAUUGGCCACUCCAGGCCCCUGGGGCGCAGAGACAUCGCAGCACAGCAGGACCAGGAGAAAGGCGUUCUCAAAGCAAGGGACCUGCUUCCCACCAAUCACUCCCGUCUCCCCAAGCCAAAGAUUCACUGACUUCCUUGACGAUGCACAAAAAGAGGAGGGCCACUGACUCCCAGGCCUGCAGGCCAUUCCGGGGUGAGGUCUGGCUGCCUGUGUUCGCACUCCUGGGGCUGAAACCUCAGUCUUAGAAGUUUUCAUUUAUUGUCAUUUUCCUUUUAAACUGCAGUAGAUUAAACAUAACUAUGAGGAAGAAACUAAAUAAGUAACAUCUCCUUGCAGAAACAAGAACUUCCCUCCAUGUUCAGUGCCUGGUAGUUUCUCUGUCAGUUUCUCCCCUACAGAGUACAGCUUAUCUGCCAUAAAACAGAAAUACAGUUCAAUAUGUUCCUCUCUGUGGCUUCCUCAUCCCUGCUGAAUGUCCUGCUGAAUGUACUGAAGUCUGCUUGCUUCCUAUGGGGGUUAGUGUGUGACGUAUGAGAUUCACAUUUUUAUGGACUUGGAGCUUUAUCUUGUAUAUUGUUUCAAAAAAAGUUCCAAGAUGUAGCAGUCUGGCAUAUUGGCGUUUGCUUGCAUAAGCUCUGAAACUAAAGGGUAGUCCUGUUCCUUGAUAGAAUGAAGGGUGCGUUUUGAUUGUUCUGGGGUGAAAAUCUUAACGUAACAAACCGUUUGCUUAAUGACUAGGUCUUGACAGCCGCAGACAGAUUCAGUGUGUGUCACAAUCGAUAUGGCAUCUCAAAGGUUAAGCAAGAUUUAGUCAAGUGGUUUUAGACCUAGUAUAUUCAAGAGUGAAUUCUUCUCUUAUUUCCUCUGAAAUGUUUAACUUUCCACAGUCCUUGUAGGAACCAUUGAACUGUAAAUAAAUUGUGUUAACCGCAGCUGUGUUCGGAAGAAAAACUUGCACGGUAUUCUGACUGACUUUUUGACUUCAGAAAGGAGCAGGCAUCACAAAUGUGUUGGGGAAAAAUACAUUUUGGUAACAUUAUUUAGAACUUCUUGUACUAUUCCAAGAAACAGUUUUUCAAUGGAAGUAAGCAGUUGCUCAUUUAAUGUUGUGAAACUUGUAAGAAGUUGUGGAUGAUGUAGCCCCCAAAUACAGCUAGUGUUUUAUUAAGACAUGUUAUUAUAAACUGAGAUCUUUGUAGCAGCUGUGGUGUUAUUAGAUGUUCAGCACACUGGGGCUGCACAGCUCGGAAAAUGCUUACCUGUUAACCGCUAUCCUGGCCUGGUGCAUUUAAUCCUGAAAUUUUCCUCUAAUAUCUGGCAAAAUGUCCUUUUUUCUGUGAACAGAUCUGCAGAGUACCAUACUGUUCCCUCCAGGUAACAGUGCUGUUCUUGUUGACUUUUUAUUUAUGAGAACCGCUGAGGUUAGGCUCUGUGUAAGCACAGCAGUUUGAGUGACAUCUCUUCAUGGAAGUUGUCAGGCUCACACUCUUUUUAGGCUUCCCAUCUUCCCCAAAUUAAGGCAUUUCCUUUCCCUUUUUAUGCACUACUGGAUGAGAGCCCUCAGAGGAAUGUUACCAAUAUUGCUAUUUUUACUACAGUGGUCAGCAGAGAAUAAAUGUGCUGAGCAAGUGUCAUAGUGUACACUGUAAAUAACAACGCUUAUAAUGCAUUUCUCUGCAGGCUAACAUGGACCGUAUAGACCUAAUGAUGGCUGACCUUGUGAUUCACUACUUUACAUGCGCUAUUUUGUGCUGUCUUCAGAUAAGCGUGUUAGCGUAAUCACGGAUGAGGGCUGGUGCCAGAAAUCGGGUGAUGUACAUGUCAGGGAUUAUGAGCACAGUGUGUGUUUUUCCAGAGCCUGGGUCAGCAGCAUUUGUCAGUCAUGUGCAGAGCAGCUUGUUUUAAUCCAGCCAUGCUCUCUUCAACAAAAGAGAACAAAAAAUAACAUGCCCUGCAAGCCUGAGUCAUUUACAUAGAUUGCGUAGAAGGCAGAGAAGAGUGACCAAAUCUUAGAACCGUACUAUGCAUUAAUAAGCCCUGCCUCCUUUGAAUGAGUACCUCCAGCAACAGUUUACACAUGAUGCCUAUUGUCACUGGUAUAAACAUCAGCGUCUUGCAUCAGGCUCAGUCCACAAGGCACAAGUCCAAGCUCUGCUCUAUAAGUCUGUGCUUGUACCUGUUUUAUUUGGUGCUUGAUGUCUUCUUACAGCUAUUAUCUCUCAUAUUGCUCAUUUUAAUGGGACAGGGCUCUGUAGGUUUUGUAGGGCUGCCGCUGUGGUUGUUUAUGCAUGUCCAGGAUUUAAAUAUACAGCACACAGCAAGACGUUUAUAUGUCCAGUCUAAAAAACAGCUCAAGUGAUUUAAUACUUUAAUUUAUUACUAACCUUUAGUUUAAUAUAAUAUUGAAAUAAUGCUAUAAGUUCUCAGUUGAUAAAGUUAACAAAAAACAUACAUAACACAGCUGCCUUGCAUUUGGGAGAUAUUUGGGGAAGCAUUUUGUGUGUGUCUGUGUGUGUGUGGAGGGGGGGUGAGACAUCCUACCAUAUUGCAUGGAUCCAUAAUACUGGCAUGCAGAACUUUUGUGUGCACUGGAAAAGUCAUUUUCUCUAGGGCAAGCAUCUUUUAGCAUUGUAUUAAAAAGAGUCAGUGCUGCACACACUGCAACGCUUCAUGUGUUAAGAAUUGGGAGGAAUGGGCUCCAGUACUUUUAACAGAAUGCAGUAUUUUUGAGUUUGUUUAAUUUUAAAAACCCAGCAAACUGUGUAGAAUUUUGUACUUCCCCUGUGUCAGUAAAGUGUAUUUUUGAGAGAUGGCAGGCAGUCAGACAGAUCAGAUGAGCCUGUCCAAUUAAAUUGGGCAAAUCUCCUCAUAAAGAGGCAGGACAGUUCAUAUUUGCUUUUUACAACCAUCAGACGUCCACUUCAAACUGUUUGCAUGAUUAACUUGAAUCCACUUAUCAGGAGGAACAUUUUUAAAGGCUGUUUAAAAGUAUUAAAUGCAUAUGGCAUUUUACAGCAUCUAUAAAUCCCACCUGUUUCACGCUGCACAGUCUGACAGACAUAUACUUUAAUCCUUGACUGUAUAAGGAGCUCUUGUUUAACGGUGUUUAUAAAUUUGCCGGGAGUUUACAUCAACAACCUGUUAUUUAUAUAAAAUCCCACUUGAAAUAGUUAAUGUAGUUUAGCUGUACCUGAAACUAGAACAGGAACUGACUCACAGAUGAAAGACUUUUUUCUCAUUUCCACUGGAGAAGAGGGAUGUUACUGCCCUGGUUGCCUCCUCUCAAGCUCCUUUCUGUGUGAAGGAGAGGCCUUGUGCUGCAGCUUCAUUUCUCUUGGUCUUUAGGACCGUCUUAUUAAUCUCCUAGAGGACAGGAGUGUCUUUGUGCUGUCUUUCCACCCAUUACCUCACAUUGGCCUAAUUGACAAAUCCAGCGUCCCUCUGGAUCUGAAUGAUUUAAAAGUGACUCAUCCUUUAAUACGGCACACAUUUGAAAUCAGCAGCUGUAAAAGACCUUGAGAUGUUAUUUUAAAAUGUCUAGCUGAGCAAAAAAAAAAACAGAACUCUGAAACUUAGUUUAAUUUGGAGCUCAAACCUGUAGGCCCUUUAGCCCUCCAGGUGUGCAGACACCCCAAACCUAUCUCCAUAUCUCAGCUCCUGGUCGUCUUUCUCAAACUCAUAUCUGCAGAGUGCUACUGACAGCCCCUACUGCCUGCAGGCACAGUACAGAAAACCCAUUCUGAAUUUGGUUAGAAAAUACUUUUGAAGUAUAUUGCCGAUAAGAUGCAGCAAUGUAUUUAAAAACUUUAAGAAGUCUGAAUAUUUUCAGUCCUUGUCCAUUUCUGGUCUGUGAUGCCCUUGUUUGGGUUACAAAGUCAAAUGUCUAUGUAGAGUUUUAUAAGGUCAUAAAUGCUAGGGUUACCAGUAUUCCCGCUACUGUUAAAGGCUGUGUAAAGCAAGUUGUUAAUGAUGGUAAGGUACAGAAGGACUGUUCACUGUGUUGGCAACACUGAGAGGAACUGAGGGUGCACAGAAUUGUGUUUCUUUUAGCCUACCAGAUAUUUCCUGGGGUUUCUGUUGUUUUCGAACUGAAUACCAUUUUCGUUUCAUGAUUUGAUUUAUUUUUUCUUUCGAUUGUACAGUAUCUUACGCCUGCAUUAGAGAUGUUAUUUUUUAAUGAACUGAUUUAUUAGUUGAAUAAAAGUGUUUUCCAUUUGAAAAAAGUCUUUUAAAAUAUAGAAGUUCUCUUAAAAUCCCCAAACUAGUUUUUCUUUUGCUGUAAGGAGAAGCUUAGUGUAUUGUGCUGUGUUUAACGGGGCUUGUAGGUGUGUUUAAGAUUAAGCAUACCCUUUUAGUGUGGGGAAUGUGGCUGUGUAACACAGUGUUCUUAAGGAAGAACAGAGAGAGAGUUUUUGUCCACCGCUUGUCAUUCCAAUGUAGAAGGCAUUAGAACAGUAUGAUCCAAGAUGCAUGUUUUUUUACUUAGGGAAGAUUCUUUAUAUAAAGUCUUUUUCCAUCAGUAUCAGGAGAGGAGAGGAUAACAUAGGAGAUUUCAAUGUAAUUUGUUCGUUUUCAGAGAGACGAAGCUCUCUAUCUUGUUUUGAAUAUGAGGUUCAGCUGAAGGAGUAUCAAUUUGUAAUCUACUCUGAAGAUUCAGCUUCUAUUGUUGGGUAUUUUUAUUAGCUGAUAUAUAAAUCUAUCGCAUUGCAGUUGCAUGUUGAAACACAGCUGGUAGUGAAAUUCAAUUGUUGUCAGGGCUAUAGAAAUGGGAUAGUGACUGGGGAUUUUUUUUUUCACAAGGCUUUUGCAGAUAUUGACUCCUUGUCUGCAAUAUUCGAAGGAGCUUCUGUGCGCAGUUCUACAGCUGGAAAGAAAGAUCCUUCUUAUGCCCAGGUCUGUCAGUGUGCUUGCUUGUAGAGGAGUACAGGAGCAUGGUCUGUGAGAUGGAAGUUGACAGCUACACAGAAAAAACAGGUUUCGUUUCCUUUUGAAGCGGCAGCCUAGUUGCUGUAUUCUGUUCUUCUGCCUGUGGCGGUCUUUGUCCCUGUGCAGUGCCGCUUCCUAGGCCUUGAAGGAAAUACAUAUCACAGCAUUUCCAGAAACAUGGAGAGAGAAUGAAAAUGUGGUCUUCGGCUGCUCCCUGCACAACCACUGAAGUAAACUUUUUGAACUCGCUUUUUGGUGCCAUCUUUUUCACAACUCGAACACCUUCAUUAAUACUGAUUGAGCGCAAAACGAGAGGGGGUCUAUUGUCUCCAGGCCUCUGUUCAAUAUGCCAGGAUGAGCGUCAAUAAGAGAACAUUGAUUUUAAGGCGGCUAAGGGAGUAGACAGGCACCCCCGCUAUUCCUGUAGCUGUGAGUGACAGCAGGAGCCCCCCUCAUUGCUGCCUUUCAAGAAGAGACUGAAUCAAUCUGUCCAGUCUGUCUCUUAACCCCCAAGGCUGCUUGAGUGAGUGAGCGAGUGUGUGCUUGCUAGAGGAGAGGCCCUCUAGGGCAGGAGUGUUCAGCUGUCUUCACCCGUAGCAAGUCCCUCUCACCAUGCCUAACGUGGUCAGAGAACCACCUGCCUCUUUUUGGCAUCAUCUCAUUCUUCCAGCAUUUUCCAUACCAUUAAAGCAGAUCUUUGUAUCUAAAUGAUGGAGCACUUAUGACAAUCUGUUCUGUUUUGUCUUUCCAAACAGCUUUGAAUUUAAAUAAAAUUUAAGUUUUAAAUUUAAACUUACUAAAACAUACUUAUUGAGCUUUCACUUUUACAGAAGUGUUUUCCCCUGACCCAGUGUAUUCACAUUCGCUCAUUUGAAGUUCACAGUACUGGUUUACUCUCACUUUCCGACCCAGAGUGUGGCUGCAGUCAAGUUCCCCCUCAGUCUGUUACCCACACUGUUAUUGCUGGGUCUCACCAGGUAACCAUGUUAUAUAAGUCCAGAGAAACAGAAGUAAAAGCACUUUGCCUCUAUGGUCAGAUGGGAGUGAGGGAUUUUUAAAGAAUGCAGCUUGAAGUGGCAGAAUAUAUUCCUAGGAUCCAAUUAUAUUUAUAUUGUUGUGAUUCGCAAUACUGAGGUCUGAUUUGACUGCUGCAUACUUAACAGGUUUGACAUUAAGCUUUUUCAAAAAGCUCAGUAUCUCAGCCUAUACUGUAUAUGCAAUAGGACUGAAUGGUCUUUAUUGUGUGCGUGCAUUACUCCACUCUUCCCACAAUCAUUUCCUCCAUACACUGUGUGCGAUAAAACACUUUGUUUACAGCCAGGAAUGUCAAAGAUGACUGACGAUCCUUUAAUAGGUUAUAAAUCAUCAUUCUCCUGACUGGAUGCUGUAUUGCAGAAUGAAAUGAUUCGUUUUUUUUGUGAAAGCUUUUUGUUUUUCCUUAUUAAGUAUUUCAGACUGACAAACCUGUACUGCUGCAUUCUCAUGUAUCUUCCUGUUGUAUAAUUUGUGCAAUACUGUAAGAAAAACUGAGAAUAUACUGUUACAUAUAAUUAUAAAUAUAUACUAAUUAUAAUAAUUGCUACUAAGUUGUAAAAUGUAUUAUAGAGUGAUUUCGUUAUAAACUAGGAGGUUGUAAGAAGAAAAGAAGUCAAUCAGAAAUGCACUUUAAAACAUUGCAGCUGGCGGGACAGUGACAAAUGCAUCAGACUGCAGCGUGGUCUCUUGUGUUCUGCUGAAAUGAUCUUUGUUCCCUGUCAGGCCCACUCUCCUUGAGGCGAGAUGUAGAACGUAAUAAAGACUGCACAAACUCU